AAGUUACAGGCCUCUUUGAGUCGCUUGGUGAAAAUGUGCAUCGAUGAACAGCUUUUUCCUGGCAUGGCAACUCCGACCUCACCUGAAUCAAAACGUGAUAUCCUUUCUAUAAAUCCUGCCCUCACCAUCGGCGACCCAAUCACACCCAAGCUGCCUGAUUCUACAACGACAAUCAACAACCCGGACGUUUUGUCAAGCGUGAUGUCAUCUCAACCCGACCUCUUCAAUACUCCGGUCCCUAAGCUUGAUGCAUCGUUUUUUCAGUUCCCCGGAAAAGGCUUUCAAUCAUCUUCGGCAUUAUUUGCAACCCCUGAAUGGCUAGCAGUUUUGGAGUCAGUACCUCGACCUUCGGCUCAUGAAUUAAAUAACUUUUUGGCACCAUCUGCCAACUCCUUGACGCAUGCGACCUAUGCUUGAAAAGACCUUGGACAGGACAAUCAAUUUCGCCUUUUGCAAACAUCCACGGCUUAAUCAUAUAUGUAUUGCAUCUGGUUUGGUCUCGUGAUGCUAGCUGAAAUUUUUGUGCAGUUUCCUUCUGGCAUGAUACAAACAGCAAAGCAAGGGUCCCUUACUCUGAUAUGAAAAAUGAAGGUCUAUUGCACGUAUGUAAUAUGCUAGAUUUACCUUUUAGUUCUAGGCCUCAAGAUCUCUGGUAUCAAGUCUCGAAUUGAUUAAAAAUUUGUAAAAGUGAUACUUGCCUCUCUCUAUGAUUCACAUCGUUAACUUCCUCUUUACCAUCAUCUUUAUCUUUCUAUCUUGGAUCUUAGCUAGCAUUUUUGUUCUUGGUGUCUGAGAUACGUCAAAUUGUGAUACAAAUUCUUAUCAUGUCUUGAGCGUUUUUAUCUACAUACUGCAUGUGUUCUAUCUGUAUUAAUUCUCGCAUUGUCUGGUCUCUUCUGUUGUAGAUCUCAUCCUCCAACAAAUUCUAAUUUCUUGAGCUCUUCUAUUUCGAAAAUUGUGGGUGAAUUCUUGAAGGAACUGUAGAGCACUGAAACAAACUCGAAGGCUAUAUUGUACACCUAUGGAAAUUGAAAUUUGAAUCAUCUCAAAUGUUUUAGAUGAAAGGUG